AUGCAGUUCUCAUCGUCCUUGACCGUCGAAAUACCAUACCGAACCCACACAGCCACUCAUUCCGAAGCCACUCAGACUGCCACAUCUCUUGACGAAUGUUCCUCCCAUGUCGCCAAGCCCCACGAAAAAAAGCCAUCCGUCUUGGGUGCUGGGGAGCCGCACAGCUAUUGUCUGGGCAGGGCAGUACCACUGGGUGGCGUGGCGGUUAUGGGCCGAAUGAUACUCGGCCAACGUCCGACAUCCGCAACAGAUGUUGAAGCAAAAGCACCUCUUCAACGAUCCAUAUGCGCUCCACCACGAAGUGCACGACUCGCACAUUGUCGUCUCUCGUCAAUAUUUCGGUGGACUCAGAGGAACUUCUCCAGGCUGGGGUGA